GUUACUGGUACCAGUAUUUUUUUGUUGUUCGUGACAAAUUGUCAAAUUGCAAUUUAUUUUUUAAAUGUAUUUUAUUAGUUUUUCAACAAAAACCUGCGUGAAAUCGUCACAUUAGCCAAAAAUGGAGGACAUGGGUAAGAACGACCAGCCCAAGGAGAAAGUUACAACCAUUGUGAUUUCGGACAACACAGAUUCAUCGUCGACCAAUCAAUCAAGAAAAUCGGACUUUGCUUGCGGUAGUAGAAAGAGGCGUUUGUCUAGAGAUUCCGAAGAAGAUCAAAUUCCCUCGAGCAACAAACGACGUCGAAUAAAUAGCUCUAGCGGAAAAAAUACAGAAGCUAAAAAAAUCGCGAAACCCACAGUGGUACAAACAAAAUCCCAUCCUAGAGGAAAUGCAUCGAGAAAAAAGGUAAAAGAAAUCCCCACAAUCGAAGACAAAAAAAUCACCAAAGAGAACAAGAAACAACUGGAUUAUUUAGCACAAUUCGGCAAGAAUUUUUAUUGCCCCGCCAAUAAAAAUUGCACAGGCUUGAGACCCAUAUACAUCGACGGCAGCAACGUCGCCUUCAGUCAUGGCCAUCAUGAACAGUUUUCAGCUAGAGGCCUAAAAAUCUGUAUAGAUUAUUUCCUAAACAGAGGCCACGAUGUCAGAGCCUUCAUCCCCAAGUAUCGCUUGAAAAAUGCUGAAAGUAGUGAUCAAAAACUGCUUAAUGAAUUAGUAAAAAAAAAACUCGUCAUCAUUACGCCAACGUUGUUCAUUAAAAACCAACAAAGAAGUCCUUACGAUGAUUGGUACAUUGUACAAACGGCUGCAGCCAAUGGGGGCAUUAUUGUGUCUUCGGAUAAUUUUCAGGACAUUGUCGAAAUGAAUCCAAAUUUGCGGAUGGUAGUGGAGGAGCGCAGAUUGGUCCCGACUUUUAUCGAUGACAUGCUGAUUUUUCCGAUGGAUCCUCAUGGGAACAGGGAGAAUGAUUUCGAAGACUUUUUGAAAUUUUAGAUUUUGUUUAUUCGACUCUGGAGCCUUACAUGGUGUGACAAAUUUUUUUUAUGGAAAAUAUACCUACUAUUUUAGCAA